AUGCCCGGUGUCCCUCCUGAUGCUCUUCAGCAAUUGAAGAAGGGCUUGAAAGCCAUUUUCUCCCGCAGAAAGAAGAAGGCUCAGAACAAACAAACUGAGCCUGCCCCGGCUGCGGACAAGCCUGUAGAACAGCCAGCAACCGCCCCCGCCGCCGCCGGCGCUGCUGCUGCGGCCGCUGUACCUGCCACGGAAACCAAGCCAGCAGAGCCAGCACCUGCUACCGAACCUAAGCCUGACCAAGCAGCCGUAGCAGAUAAGUCAGCAGAGGCGGCAACACAACCCACCGAGACGCAGCCCGGGUCCUCCACUACAGCAGCUCCCGAAGCGAAGACAGAAACACCAGCCCCCGAGACGAAGACAGAGGCUCCUGCUCCCGAGCCCACGACAGCCGCUACUGCUGCUACUGCUGCUACUCCCGCUGUUCCGGACACAACUACUUCCGCGGCUGCUCCGGCGGAAACUGCCCCUGCUGCUCCAGCCCCGGCUACUGAGCCAACGCCUGCUCAGCCAGCUGCUGAAAAGCCCGCUGAGACCGCGGAGCCGCCCAAGAGUGAGUAA